AUGUCAACGGUGAUGCUGCCGCCACCAACCCACUCACGCCAUCAAUAGAUUAAAGCUUCGACAACGCCUAGCUAGCUACUCACCGUCCCGCCAUACCAAAUCUCAGUGACCCAACCGAUCCGGCCACACCCAACAGCAGCCGGUGCACCACCUUGCCUGCCGGCCAUGGCUGCUGCUCCUGUCACCGUUGUGCCACGCUUGAAGCUGGGCUCUCAGGGGAUGGAGGUAUCGGCGCAGGGCCUCGGUUGCAUGGGCAUGUCCGCCUUCUACGGCCCGCCCAAGCCCGAGCCAGACAUGGUCGCGCUCAUCCACCACGCCGUCGCCGCCGGCGUCACCCUGCUCGACUCCUCCGACAUCUACGGGCCGCACACCAACGAGAUCCUCCUCGGCAAGGCGCUGCAAGGCGGCGUGAGGGAGAAGGUGGAUCUGGCCACCAAGUUCGGCCUCUCGUUUGCCGACGGCAAGCGGGAGAUCCGUGGCGACCCGGCGUAUGUGCGGGCGGCGUGCGAGGGCAGCCUUAAGCGGCUCGGCGUCGAUUGCAUUGAUCUCUAUUACCAGCACCGCAUAGACACCAGGGUGCCUAUCGAGGUCACGAUUGGAGAGCUCAAGAAGCUAGUAGAAGAAGGAAAGAUAAAAUACAUUGGAUUAUCCGAAGCGUCUGCAUCAACAAUCAGAAGGGCUCAUGCCGUUCAUCCUAUCACUGCAGUUCAGAUGGAGUGGUCACUAUGGACUAGAGACGUGGAAGAAGACAUAAUCCCAACUUGCAGAGAACUUGGAAUUGGAAUUGUAGCUUACAGCCCACUUGGCAGAGGGUUCUUCUCUAAAGGAUCAAAACUGGUUGACUCGCUAUCAGACCAGGACUUCCGCAGAAAUUUGCCCAGAUUCCAGCCACAGAAUCUUGAGAAGAAUGACCAAAUAUUUGAGCAUGUUAGCGCAAUGGCAACAAGAAAAGGGUGCACACCAUCACAACUUGCAUUGGCCUGGGUUCAUCAUCAGGGGAUCGAUGUUUGCCCCAUACCUGGCACAACAAAAAUCGAGAAUUUCAACCAGAACGUGGGAGCGCUAUCUGUGAAGCUCACACCAGAGGAGAUGGCUGAACUCGAGUCCUACGCCAGUGCAGGUGAUGUCCAGGGUGACCGGUAUGCUGGAGUGGCGAGUACUUGGAAAGAUUCCGAGACCCCUCCAUUGUCAUCCUGGAAGACUGAGUAGACAUUUUCAUUUUCUUCAAUGAGACUACGGGAGUCCCUGAUUCAAACAGUUAAAAGAAGAGCAUUAUCGUAUUCGUAUUUUGUGAGUGCCAAUUAGAGUUGACAUGCAUUACUGUGCAUGCCGGUAGGUGAACCGAGCUGAGCUGUGAUUUGUGUGUGUGUGUAUGUGUGUGUGUGUUGUAUCUUUUUGUUCUCGGUAUAUGUACAAUUAGUACAUUGAAUAAGCUUCUGAGCUCUACUGCCCCAUAAGGCCCUCUUUCAUUGAAAGUAUCUUCCUAGUGAUUUUGUUUCUAAUCCU